AUGAGCAGACUAUUCGUCACGCCAGCAUUGACUGGAGCGCUGCUGUUUGCGCUCACUGCCUCGCCAGAGAGCUUCAGAGAACCUCUGCUUGCUCAGCUCAAACAAUACUUGUCCGCCACGAACAUCGCGAGGACAAUCACCGCGCUCAAAUGGCUGCUUGCCAUUGGACUCGCGAGCGAUGCCCACGCCUGGCUCUCUGAGUUUGCACAGAACAACUUCCGCCUCCAAUCAGAGAAGCACCGAUAUGACUGGCCAAAGGAGAUCGCAGUGGUCACAGGAGGCACUGGUGGUUUCGGCAGCCUCAUGUGCAAGGAGCUGGCCGAGAAGGGCGUCAACAUUAUGUGUGUCGACAUUCGCGACGACCUUCCACCGGACAUGAAGAACAACCCCAAGAUUCACUACUUCAAGUGUGAUGUCACCAACCGACAAGCAGUCGCAGAUAUGGCUCAGCAGAUCCGCCAACGACACGGCAACCCAAGCAUCCUGAUCAACAACGCAGGAAUCUCAGGUGAUGGCUCCAUGUUUGAUCAGACCCAGGAUUCGCUGGAGAAGAUCUUCAAGCUCAAUGUUAUCAGCCACUACUACACCGUCCAGGAAUUCCUGCCAGCCAUGGCCAAGAACAAGAAGGGCCACGUCGUCACGAUCGCCUCGGUUGCUUCGUUCGUCAGCCCUCCAGGUCUCGUGCCAUACGCAAACACCAAGGUCGCGGCAUUGAGUUUCCACGAGGGUAUCCAGCACGAGACCCGUAUCUUCCACGAUGCACCAGAGAUCAAGUUCACUGUAGUCCACCCAACAUUUGCGGCAACACCCAUGGCGGCUCCUUUCAUGGAUGAUCUUGCUGCAGCCAAGGCUAAGGUCAUCAAGCCAACGAUGGUCUCCAAUGCGGUCGUGAAGCAGGUCCUCAGCGGCCGAGGCAAGCAGCUCAUUAUCGCUCCUGGCACUCACCCCGUUGUCUACCUCCGAAGUCUGCCAUACUGGCUCUCAAACUUGGGCCUGAAGAUUGCCGAUAGCCCAAUGAAGAAACAACUCAUGAUCAUGCAAGAGAAGAGAAAGCUCAGGCAGAAGCAGUAA